AUGUCUUCCCUCGAAGGAGAUUACAACGCGCGGAGUGCGGCUUACCCUUGGGUUUUGGAGCAUUUGAUAACCUACCCUGCAACCUAUGAGAUCCCCCUCCGAACCAUGUACACUCUCAAUGCAACGACUCAACAUCAACAGCAGUGUCCGCCAACACCGUCGCCGACUGGGGUUCCUGGUAAUGCGUUUCCUCGAAAGCCCUCUGUCACCGAGGAGCAGCCGAAUAUGUCCACAAUGACUGCCGCCGCUCAACUGCGCGCCAAUGUUAUGCAACACAUACUGCAGUUGCCAUCCCAACCAACAUCCUUGCCCCCAAGCUUCAUCACAAGCUUUGUUCGAAAAUGUUUCCCUCGCGAAUUGGAUCAGGUUGACUUCCCACAAGCUUUAACUGCCAUGGAUUACCUGAAGGAUCUGGAAGUUAGACGUCGGCGGGAGGUGGUGGCGGCUCUGGACAAGCUUGGUAUCGAACGAGAUGACCUCAGUCACCGAGACAAGCUGGCACAGAAGUAUCCCGGCGUUCUACGCUGGGUAUCCGACAUCGAAGAGAGGGAGCGCAAAGUUGAAGCGCUUUAUACUCAGGUCUAUAUUGGGCUAAGAAGAUGGACCUUGAUCAAUGAGCUUACCUUGACGCCUUUCGACAAAGGCAAUUGUCUGGCGAUGCUCAACACCCUUUAUCCCCCAAUUAACAUGAAUGCCUCACGUUUUGUGCAACCAACCGCACAGCUGACGCCUCAAAUUUUGACUCAGCAACGCAACGGGUUCUUCAAGUAUAUCACGGCGGUGGAAAAAAAUGGACCAGCGGUCUUGUCCAACCUGAUGAACCAGGCCAAGAAAGCAGAUGAUCCCAAUGGCUGGGUCAGCCUUCGAGACACUCUGGACAAAUAUGUCCGCAUGGCGAACAACAUCAUCGAAGAAUGUUACGACAUCACCGGCGCCAGUCCCUCCCCAACCACUACCUCGUUCAAGUCUCUUGAUCAUGAGGAGGAGGGUCGUCGGAAGGUUGACUCGGCGAUUUCCUUUGGCUCUGCAGGCUCGUCGAACCGCAACUCUGCCCAAAGCAACAAGUCUGCGCAGAGCCAGAAGAGCCACACGACCAGACCUAGCACAAGCAGCAGCUUCAGCAAUGGCAGCCAUAACCAUAGUCGACACACCUCUCAAGACAGACAAUUGCUUGAUAAGCCACUGCCGCCGCCCAAGGACGAUGAAAUCACUGUGACGCAGAAGUCGUCGGGGUCAACAUUGGAGCGAAUCGCUCGCGAACUUCGAAAGAUGAAGAGUCGGACAAACGUCAAAGACGACUUCCGUCCACGCACCCCAUCAUAUUCUGCAGAAAUGAACGGACCGGACAACCAUGAUCGACCACCACCGACACCUGCAAAAGACCGCAGCUUGAAGAGCAAGCUUAGCAUACGGAGAAUGCGGUCAAACACUGCUCUCACAGAGGUUUCCGGUACGCGUCCUCCCAGUCGCCACGGAGAACCAGCCAUUCAGGAGGUGCCAGCGUUUGACGCAGACGAGAUGAAUAGGAGCCGACAAAGAUGGGAGACCCAACAGAAGAUGAAAGGGAGGGGCACUGACGAGGGUCUGAAGGCAUAA